CCUAAUUAGUAUUCUGAGGGGGGUAAGCAAACAUAAAACAACAAAUGUGAAUUCAGAAAUGUUCCUGUGCUAACUUUUGUGUUCAAUGAAGAGAGUAAUGACUAGGAACUAGGAAAUCUGGCCUUUUAUCACAAGGACCUUGUUUCUUUUCCCUGUUGUCUCCCAAGUACAAAAGCCAGAUCCCUUAAAGCACAGACAACUUCUUCAUAUAGUGCAGACUUGCUAGAUAUAGAGGCAUUUUGAGAGAGAGAGAGUGUAAACAAGAGACAUGGCAUCUGAGGCAGAAGACGAGCCAAUCUUCAUACCACCAAGGCUACUGCUGAUGCCAAAACCACAUGCACAUUUACAGUCACCAGAGAGGUCAGGGACACUAACCCCACCACUCCAAACUUCAGCCUCUGUUCCAUUUCGGUGGGAGGAAGAGCCUGGCAAACCCUGGGAGAGCACCGCCCUGGUCCCCAGGGCCAUCAACUUUCCACAGAAGUCCCUAGAGUUACCUCCGAGGCUGUUAAUAGACACCAACAUGACCAAACUAUCUUCACCCACCACAGUCUUGGAGGGUCCUUACAUGGGCAAGUCAUCAAGAUUUCAGUCUUCUUCGUUCAGAAUAAUCAGAUCAAGGGAAUGUUAUGGGUCCUUUCGCAGUUGUAGUCCUGAGAAGGGUCAGCUUGGCACCGUAGUUCCUAGCAAGAGGAGAGUCAAAGAGAAAGGCAGGUUUCUGGGUUCAUGGAGUUGGGUAAGGAGGGGUUUGAAGGGUAAGAGAGAGUCUGGUGGGGGUAGUUAUGUCUUUCCAUCUUCAGUGGAUAGGGAACCUGCUGAUCAUUGCGUCAAUGAAGAGGAAGAGAUGAUCAGUAGCAGCGACAACGUCAAGAUGACUAGGUCAGGGAGUCUCUCUGCUGUCUCUAAUGCCAGGUCUCAAUUCUGGGCGAAUGUUUACGAGGGCUUGAAGCAGGUGGUGCCUUGGAGGAGCAAGGAGCUGAAGAAAGACCACGGGCUUCUGAUUUGACAUAUCGUGGGGUCACAACAGGAUAGAAAAAGUCCAAUUAAUUAUCUGUACACCGCUAGGGAUGGUCCUAUAUUCUAUCGACCUUCGAUAUUUCUCUUUCAAUGAAAAUUACGUUUUUAUUGUGGCA